CACCAACUUGCGCCAUUGACAGAAUCCAGCAACCGGUGGCUUCCUCCGCUCCGAUCCGAUCCGAUCCGAUCCGAUGUCGCUGUUAAACCAACUCUUCAACCGUGGAGUUUUUGGCGCGAAAUGCAAGACAUGCUUGAACAUGGCGAUUGCUCGUAUGAAAUUGCUGCAAAACAAGAGAGAUAUGCAGCUCAAACACAUGAAGAAGGAGAUUGCUCAGUUCUUACAAGCUGGACAGGAACCCAUCGCACGAAUCAGGGUGGAGCAUGUGAUCAGAGAAAUGAAUUUAUGGGCAGCCUAUGAGAUAUUGGAGCUAUUCUGCGAGUUUGUACUUGCCCGUGUCCCAAUUCUCGAAAGUCAAAAGGAAUGUCCGAGAGAGUUGAGAGAAGCUAUUGCAAGCAUCAUCUUUGCUGCUCCAAGGUGCUCAGAAGUGCCUGAUCUUCUUCAAAUCAAGAAUCUGUUUGGUACAAAAUAUGGGAAAGAAUUUAUCAUGGUUUCUUCUGAGCUCCGUCCCGAUUCUGGUGUCAACCGUACAAUCAUUGAAAAGCUUUCUCCUGCCAGCCCAUCGGGAGAGGCAAGGCUCAAGAUUUUGAAGGAAAUUGCAAAGGAGUAUAGUUUGAACUGGGAUUCUUCUGCAACAGAAGCAGAGUUCUUGAAGAGCCAUGAAGACCUACUGGGUGGAGCUAAGCAAAUGCAUCGUCAAGAUAGUCUCGCUGAAUCUCGACCAUCCAAACAAGGCUACACUCAGUCUUUGGUUUCCAGGGAAGCUGAAAUUCUGCCUGCAGAGGCUACGCAGAGACUCCAGCAGCUUCAAGCUCAAACUUCAGUGAGCAAAAACAUGUCACCAUCUAAGCUGACUUCAGAUUCUCAAGCGCCUCUUGAUACUAGACGGGAUCAGACUGAUGUAAUGGAGAGAGCUCGGGCUGCUCUAGCUAGCGCUGAUCGUGCGACAGCAGCUGCUCGUGCUGCUGCCCAACUAGUUAAUGUCUCUUAUGGAGCUGCACCCAUAGUAGCAGCAGAAGGGAAAUCCUCAAACUUAAUGUAGUUCCUCUACAGCUUGUUUAGUAAUGUUACAAGUUGCAAAAGGUACCUCGAGGUAUCACGUGACAAGAACUUGACUCACGUAGUAAGGGAGGAAACACACACGCUUCUAAUGCUUGUGUACAGAGCAUUAAUUAAACGAUGUUGAAGAUAUGGAAUCUUGCUUGCAUCUUCUGAUAAUAGCUGUGUUGUGGUAUGUGUGUUUCAAUGAGGUAUUUGAGUGGCAUCUAGAUGUAAGAAAUCUAUAAUUUGGAAUCUAGUAA